AUGUCCUGCGACUGCCACCACUGCGGAAAACGUUGUCUCAGUAGAUCACAAUUAAUCCAGCACCAGCGAAUGCACACGGGCGAGAAACCUUUCAGGUGUUUGGAGUGUGGGAAGAGCUUUGCACACAAUUCCACGUUACGCCGGCAUCACCAGAUCCACACGGGUGAGAAGUUCUACAAGUGCCUUCAGUGUGGGAAGAGCUUUCGCAGCAGCAGCACAUGGAUGCGUCACCAACGUGUCCACACCGGGGAAAAACCCUACACGUGUCUCCAGUGUGGGAAGAGCUUCGCGAGCAGCACAGGCCUCAACUCUCACCUCCGGGUCCACACAGGUGAGAAGCCCUACAAAUGUCCUGACUGUGAGAAGAGCUUUGCCAGGAGCUCUGCUCUCAUCGACCAUCACCGCAUCCACACAGGAGAGAAACCCUACACGUGUCCCCAUUGUGGGAAGAGCUUCAGGAGCAGCACGGGCCUCAGCUCUCACCUCUGGGUCCACACAGACGAGAAACCCUACAAGUGCCCUGACUGUGAGAAGAGCUUUGCCUGGAGCUCUGCACUGAUCAAGCAUAAUCGCAUCCACACGGGAGAGAAACCCUACACUUGUCUGCAGUGCCAGAAGAGCUUCAGAAACUGCUCCUCCUUAUGGAUACAUCAACGGCACCAUCAGGGAGAGAAGCCCUACAAGUCUCCUGACUGUGGGAAGAGAUUUGUCAGGAUCUCUGUGAUCAUCAACCAUCAACGCAUCAACAGAGGUGAGAAACCCUACACGUGUCCUGACUGCGGGAAGAGCUUUGCCUGGAGCUCUGUGCUCAUCAGGCAUCAACGCAUCCACACGGGAGAGAAGCCCUACAGGUGUCCCGACUGCGGGAAGAGCUUUUCCUGGAGCUCUGUGCUCAUCAGGCAUCAACGCAUCCACACAGGUGAAAAACCCUACGUGUGUCCUGACUGCGGGAAGAGAUUUUCCCAGAGGUCUGUGCUCAUCAAACAUCAACGCAUCCACAGAGGUGAGAAACCCUACACGUGUCCUGACUGCAGGAAGAGCUUUGCUAGAAGGCAUUAUCUGAUCAGCCAUCAACGCAUCCACACGGGAGAGAAGCCCUACAAGUGUCCUGACUGCGGGAAGAGCUUUGCCUGGAGCUCUGGGCUCACCAGGCAUCAACGCAUCCACACAGGUGAGAACCUCUACACGUUUCCUGACUGUGGGAAGAGCUUUGCCACAAAAUCUCGUCUGAUGAAGCAUCAAUGCAUCCACAUUGGAUAG